AUGGCGACGAUGCGAGGAACGCGUGUGCCUAUUGGCUCCGCGUCAUGGAUUAACGAAGAACGAACUACAGCCCUUAGCAUCGUUCAGGCUGAGGCCGAGGAGUUCUCUUUUGCCGCGAGAAACGAGUUUGACUGGCUUAAUGAGCAUAUGGCUGGGGUCUUCAACGAGAACGAGAUCAAUGUCGCCGAGAUCUUCAAGACACCUGGAAAGCUUCGAAGCAAAACGCCCCACACGGCGCGUAAGGUCGACAAUGGCGAGCCUCGUAUCGUGAGUUUACUCCUCUCACGCGCGCAAAUAUCAACGUCCGCUAACAAGGUGCAGCCACUAUCAGAUGUGUUCUCUUCCACUCCCAACGGCGCCCCAAACACUUUCACACAACAUCUUCCUCGCGCUACUCCCACUGCCCACCCUGCGCCAUCAACAUCAUCACCUUUGAUCAACAGGAAUAUUUCGCCCCUCAAGGCUGCCCCCUCCCCUAGGCCGGUUUCGAAACAGCCCGUUGCACUAGCCGAUUCCGGAUACUAUGGCAGCCAGGAUGUCGACAACAUGGACAACGAAGAGGAAGACGACGACGACAUGGAUGUCGAUCUGAUUGAAGAGGAGACACAGAUUGGCGAGCCACGAUCGAGCCCCCCAAAGACUGCUGGACGAACCGGCCAUGUCGCCUUCGAGGCCAUCGAGCAGAGCGCGCCUCAAAGCCCUACCGAAACACGCACUAUGCGCUCUCCUGAAGUUACUUUUCAAACGGCCAAGGAGGAGCAGACAACGCGGGUUAUACGCGAUCUCAUCGAGGAAGCUCCAUCCCCAGCAUCGUCCAAGACCUCAGCUGCCCCAAGCCCGGCCAAGGAAGCCAGAACGCCCUCGCCUCCUAUCGUAUCACCCAAGCCUCGCUCCGCAAAAAAAAGCGUGUCGCCUAUCAAGGCCUCACCAAAGAAGCGCUCCCCAGCGAAGCAGUCUUCACCGCCAUCCUCACCUGUGCUUGGAGCUGCACCAUCUCCCAUGCCCGAGCCUUCGCCUGCUGCUGAAUCACAGGAUGAUGUGGACGUCCACAUGGACGAUGAUACACGAUCACCGUCCGAUGACGAGUCGAGCCCGAUCCGCCCAGUCAGAAAGAGCAGCCUCAACUUUGCUUCACUUCCUGCUAGAGAGCCUCUUAAGAAUAAGAGUAUCGGGGCUCGUGUCUCUAGGACCAGCCACUUGGAUAUGAACCGUCAGAGUUACUACGGUCGGCAAACGGGAGGAAAGAGCUUGGGAAACAACAUGGAACUACUUGGGGAAUCAGACGACGAGGAAGGCAACGAUGACGGAAUGAGCAUCGAUGGCUCAGCCGAAGACACAAAGGAGGUCGACAACUACGCCUCCAACCACAACAAGACAUACACUCAACGACUACAAGACCAAAUCAACUUGCUCGGUAAAUCUCAACCGAACGCAAGCCGACCUUCAAAGUCGAUCCCGAGCUCAGCGGUUGCGCAACAGCUUGCGCAAACGACUGUGACCCAAUCAGUUGCAGAUGCCAAGGCAGCAACACCCGCGAAGAGAUCUGCUGCACCACCGACUCCUGGAGCGUUCCCGGAGGACGAUGAUGAAGAAGACGAAGUGGAAGCGGGCGAAGAGGAUGACUGGAUUGCACCUCCUGUGCCUGCGAAAGAUACGCCCCUGGCCAGUCCACGACCGCAUUUGCCUAAGAGCCACACUGCGGACGUCAUGGAAGGCAUCGACAGGGCAGACACCGUCAGCGGCCCUGAAUUUGCUUUGCCUAAGCAGCGGCAAUCUCCUGGUCGCUCAGGCUCCCCCAAGCGGGCACCUGUCAUCCCCGAGCGUACUACCAGUGUGUUUGGACAUGGCAAAUCUGCUUCUGUUUCUGUCUUGCCUGAUCUUUCCAAGGACAAGAUGGUUGAAGACCUGUCUCCAGCCAAGAAGCAUGUUUCAGUGUCCAACCCUCUGUCAGCCGUGCCGGAGGAUGGACGCCCCGAGACUCCUCAAUCGCCUACACGAAGCUUCCGGGACAGUCCAUUGAAACAGGUCAAGAACAAGCUGUCUUCCAUUCUGAAGAGUUCCAAAGGUCUUCUUGCGAGCAGUGCGGCCAUCAGCGCUGAAGGCAAAUCUUCGCUAAUGUCACCUUCCACCGCUCGCUUUGGCAUCAACCCCGGUCCCUCUACAGACUCAAUUGUGCCCCAAUCAAUCGCCGCAGAGCCAUUAUAUCCUGACCUUUCCAAGCGAAUUGCAACCGAUGCUCAGACACUUUCCAGCAUAGGGAGCCCCGAGAAGCCCGUUGCGCGCAGAACGCGGGCUUCCGUUGAGAAGGAGAAGGAAGACAAGCGUAAAGAGAAAGAGGCCAAGCUGAUGGCUGAUCAGAUGAGCAAGCUGGACAAGGCUCGUGCAGAUGAGCGGGAAAAGGCCCGGACUUUCAGCAAAGAACAAGAAAAGAUUGCCGCAAUGGAGAAGAAGAUUGCUGCUCAAAAGGAGAAGGAACCUGAACAAGAGCAAGUCAGGGAGGUUGAACGACCUGCUCGAACGCCGGCGCCUAAGGAAGCACCCAAGCCCACAAGGACUAGCCCCCGCAAGGCCAAGGCUCAGGCUGAGGCCGAGGCUGCUGCCCAGGCCUCACAAUCAGAAAAGCCCGAUGUCGAGAUGGCUGAAGCGCCAACCCCCAGGCCCCCGCCAUCCGCUCCUCGCUCUGUUGGCCCUAGCCAGACGGCCAGGCAGCGGGAACUCAGACGUCCAAUGAAGCCAACCAAGGAAGCACCCAGCAAGAUCAAGCAAGCGCCUACCGUCAUUCGCGUUAACACCGGCUCGCAACACUCGCAGUUCCACCCCUCCAACAGCACAUUAUCAUCGGGUCUGCAAGAGACACUAGGCUCGUCGGUCAAGUCCAAAUCAAGCCAGCCAGGCUCACAUAGCAAGCAAUCUCUGGCGAGCAUGAAGAGCUCUGUCUCGUCCAAUGGCCGACCGAAAGCACUCGAGCUUGCCGCCAAGCGAAAGGAACAAGAAGAGCGGGAGGCUCAAAGGAAGAGAGAUGCGAAGCUCGAACUCGAACGGAAACGCGCUGCGAUUCAAGAGGAAGAGCGCAAGCAGGAACUGCAAAGGCGACAAGAGGCGGAGAGACAGAGGGAGAGGGAGAAGGAGCAAGCCGAGGCGAAGAAGAGUGCACAGAGACAGGCAGCAAUUGAGCGUGCCAAGCAGACGCGAGCACCACCACCUGCUGUGCGCUCUCAGCCCAAUGGCCCUCCCGACUACACUGCCAGUCAACGCUCCGAUGGCCAACCUCCCCGGCCUCCGUCCCGAAUGAACUCCAUGGCCCAUCGGUCUCAAGAGGAUCGACCAGUCAAUGCUGUUCUUUCUAACGCUUCGAAGCCAGGCUCAAAGCGCCCCCUGCCGCAAGACAGCAGAGAGGACAAUGGCUCUCGCAACCCUCCCGCACGUAACGGGCAGUCUUACAAGACCCAGGAAGCCAAGCGUCGUCGCACUAGUGAUGACUUUGCUGAUGAGCUUGACAUGGACAUCCAACCACCCAACAUCAAGGGCCCCCCUGUUCGCCCUCCGUCAGUGGGUUUCAAGAAGGUUAGUAACUCAUUACUCAGUGCGCACGACGGGAGCUUUGCUGACGUGGAUCAUCAGGACAUGCCCACGAAGUCGACGUACGGCUACACCAACGCACCGCCGAGUGCCUCCAGAGAUUUGUUCAAGUCUACCGUCACCGCCCAGCACCACAGCACAAUCAAGUCCACAAAACAAGUGGAUAUGAAUCAGUUUGCUCAGGGACACAUUCCAUUCGCGCCUAAUCCAAACCCUGCCGGCCCGGCUCACAAGACACCGGCGCGACCUAUGGGUGCUGCAAGCACAAAGUCUACCGCCAAGGCUACGAGAUCGUCUCCUCGAUUCCAAGACGGCGAAAAGAUUGAGCUGCCUGAAAUCGAUACAGAUGAGGACGAGGAUGAUGACGACUCCCACUUUGGGGUUGCCCCUUGGGCUGAUUCGCCUGAUUUGAGACGCGCCCUCAUGAAACAGGAAACCAUGAAUCCUGAGGGUAUCUUUGGGCCUCCCCGCGCCCUCAACAUGGAGGAAGUGUUUAACAACAAGGAGAGAUGGCACAAGUUCCGCGCGCGCACAUCAAGCGCCAACUGGAGUGGAUCGGAUCGCUUGACAGAAGACGAGAUUAGGAAGGAUCUUGCAGCUCGCGACAAGCUUCGCAGAGAGGGUGGUUGGUCCUACGAGAUGAGCAAGGACUUGAUGUGA